GAAUGGCUGAAGACGAAAUUGCUGCACUGGUGGUUGACAAUGGUUCAGGCAUGUGCAAGGCUGGUUUUGCAGGGGAUGAUGCUCCCCGUGCUGUCUUCCCCUCCAUUGUUGGAAGACCCAGACAUCAGGGUGUGAUGGUGGGCAUGGGACAGAAGGACAGCUACGUGGGAGAUGAGGCCCAGAGCAAGAGGGGCAUCCUGACUCUGAAGUACCCUAUCGAGCACGGCAUUGUUACCAACUGGGACGACAUGGAGAAGAUCUGGCAUCACACCUUCUACAAUGAGCUGCGUGUGGCCCCUGAAGAGCAUCCCGCCCUGCUCACAGAGGCCCCACUCAACCCCAAAGCCAACAGGGAGAAGAUGACCCAGAUCAUGUUUGAGACCUUCAACAGCCCAGCCAUGUAUGUAGGUAUCCAGGCUGUGCUUUCUUUGUACGCAUCUGGUCGCACCACAGGAAUCGUGAUGGAUUCCGGGGAUGGCGUUAGCCACACGGUGCCCAUCUACGAGGGCUACGCUCUUCCCCACGCCAUCCUGCGUCUGGACCUGGCCGGACGCGACCUCACGGACUACCUGAUGAAGAUCCUGACUGAGCGUGGCUACAGCUUCACCACCACGGCCGAGAGGGAGAUUGUGCGCGACAUCAAGGAGAAGCUGGCCUACGUGGCGCUGGACUUUGAGCAGGAGAUGAAUACCUCUGCCUCCAGUUCCUCUCUGGAGAAGAGCUACGAGCUGCCUGAUGGACAGGUCAUCACUAUCGGCAACGAGCGCUUCCGGUGCCCUGAGACCAUGUUUCAGCCGUCCUUCAUUGGUGAUGUUUUUCUGUGUCUUUAAAGAGUAACUUAAGCU